AUGACAAAAGCAACAAUUAAUGUUCCUUCAAAAAUUGAUCCUAACAUCCAAAAUAUGCCAAAUUUUGAGAUUAGAACAAAACUAAGAGAAAGAAACAUAAAUUCAACAGGAUCUAAAAGUGAAAUAAAAAAAAAAUUACAUGAAUUUGGAGAUAAUAUAAAUAAAAUGGAUGUGAGUUAUAAUCAAAGUAUAGAUAUGUGA